AUGUCGAGAUUCUUCCGCUCUGCCGACUCAACUUCAAGCUCGGAGUCCGGCUCAUCGAACGACAGCGAGGACGAGGACACUGUGGAACUCCAAGAAAGCACCGAGCUUACGAGAGCCAAUGCCGUCAAUCAACCCACGGCAGAUACUGGCCAUCAUGAGAACAUUCUCUUGCACGCUCUGCUCGAAGAAAGAUGUCUCAACGAAGCUCGCUCGGAGCUGCCAACUCACCCUCCAUCAUCGCCCGAAGUCCUCGCAGAAGGACAGCGACGCUACCAACGCUUGCGCGAACAACUGGCUUCAUACAACCUGAUCGCAACAUCCACAGGCCUGGAUGAUGACCAGAACGUCAAUGCCAGGCAAGCUUAUCGCGACGGUCUGGACGUUCUCAGCCGGCAGACCAACCCUGCGACGGUAGCACCGGCGCUUGGGCGCAUGCUGACAGAAGGCGAUGCGGAUAGUGCAUCGUUACCGACUUCACCAGUCCAACCACUCGAGUCGAACAUCCAUGCCCAUCGACCUCCAUUGCCUUAUCCUUCCCGAAGGCUCUUGACAGGCAGGGACACGGAUGACAUCCCCACAGAGCCUUUCUUUAUGACCCUGGGUUUGCCUGUACAUUAUGGACGCACAGUUUCCACUCAACUGCUUGCGAGUCGAUACCGCAAUGAAUUCGAGGAGCUUAGUACGCUUGGUCAUGGCGGGUACGGUAUUGUCUACCACGUACGGCAUCGGCUGGAUAACCAGAAAUACGCCAUAAAGAAGGUACCCCUGAGCGCCGCAAGACUGGAACGCAUUCAGAAGAGGGGUCAAGCUGAGGUGGACGAAGUGCUUCGAGAACUGCGUACCCUGGCCAGACUAGACCACCCGAACAUCGUCCGCUAUUUCAACGGAUGGAUUGAGUGGGUAGAGGGCAUGGCCAAUUCCCACCAGGAUGCGUCGGACAGUAGAGUGUUCGGCAGUGCGGACGGCGACGACGCAACGUCCGGUGCUCAGGACGGCGAUCUCUCUUUCCGCCGCAUUCGUACCGAAAGCAGCGACGACCCACCAGAUGUGUUAUUCGAGCAUAGCGACAAACCUCCCUCGGAACGUGAAGACUACAACGAUGGCUUCCAGCUACGACGGAGGAAUACUCAGAGCACCGUCGCCACCGGCACAGACGAGUCGAUCGAGUCUGUCGACCGCUCAAUCGACCCCUCAUUCAGCAUGCAGUCUGCAGCCAGCGGUGUCAACUUCAGCCAACCCGCCCUGGCACUCCACAUGCAGAUGUCGCUGCACCCAAUGACGCUAGAGGACUUCCUCUCUCCUCCGCCCUCCUCCGAUCAGGCUACCGCCCCGCCAUCUCACUGCUUCCACCUCGCGCCUUCGGCUAGCAUCCUGCUGGCUGUGCUGGAUGGACUGGAGUACCUACACGGUGAAGGCAUCAUCCAUCGAGAUAUCAAGCCGGCGAAUAUUUUUCUCGGCCCUCACAGUAACCCGAGAGCCACUAGUGGGCUUGUGGAUCUGACGAGCUGCGGCGACUGUCAGGCUCAAGAUACCGCCAAUCCUACGAAACUCGAAGUCCGCAUCGGAGACUUCGGUCUCGUAUCCGUAGCAGAUCCAGCAGUCGAAAACACCUCGCCCUCCUUCACUGCCUCCGCCUCUGAAAACACCGCCGACGCAUCCCAAGGAGCUGGAACAGCCCUAGCAUACCCGCGAUCCUCUGCCGAGAUGGUCGGAACACAAAUCUACCGCCCCCCAACCGCCCAGCCCAUCGGCCCAUGUCUCGACAUCUACGCGCUCGGAGUCGUGGCUUUCGAGCUAUUGCAGAAAUUCAACACGGGAUACGAACGGCGGGUCGUCGUCCAGGCGCUCAAGGAGGGGAAGUUUCCGGAUGAUUUCUGUGCUGGUGUUGAUGGGGAGAGGGCGGAGGGGGUGAGGAGGUGUAUCGGGGCUAUGCUUGAGGGGAGGAGAGGGGAGGGGUGCGUGAGGGAGGUUAGGGAGAUGGUUUUGGCUUUACAGCCAGACGGCUAG